GAGGACAGUAUUUUCAUAGUUAGAGCAUUAAAAACCUGUUUAUGAAUACAAUUUGUAUCAUUAUUAGAGCUCUCUAUGUAUGAAAUAACACUUCUAUCGUCAUAUUUGUACCCUUUAUUAUUAUUUUGUUCAACUAAUGUUUAAGGUACGGAAUCCCUCCAGGAGAGAAAAAACAGACGCCUGCCGUUAGCAUAGCAAGCUAGUAAGCUAAAUCGUUAGCCUGUCCUGUACUCAUUCUAACCGUCAGAAAUGGUUAAGAGUGGAGAAGAGGACAGUAUUUUCAUAGUUAGAGCAUUAAAACUGUUUGAAUACAAUUUGUAUCAUUAUUAGAGCUCUCUAUGUAUGAAAUAACACUUCUAUCGUCAUAUUUGUACCCUUUAUUAUUAUUUUGUUCAACUAAUGUUUAGGGUACGGAAUCCCUGCAGGGACAAAACAGACGCCCGCCGCUAGCAUAACAGGCUAGUAAGCUAAAUCGUUAGCCUGUCCUGUACUCAUUCUAACCGUCAGAAAUGGUUAUAAUUAGAGCGGAGAAGAGGACAAAUAAAGACAAAGGAAGAAGUCAAAACUUUACACACGGAAUGGGAGAAUAACUGGGAGAAAUCUAUCAUGGUUGACUACAUACAGUGGAAAGAUGUACUAGAGUACAGUAUACACACGGCAACAGGCUGAACCGGGCUGGAGAUCACAAAAGGAACAGCGGGAUCACUGCAACCAAGAAAAGAAGACUAAUUUCAAGAUGGCAACACCAAAAAACACUCCUCGAGGUGCAAGCAACACUCCUCUGUCCCCCAACCGCAUCACCCGUCUCCAGGAGAAGGAGGACCUCUGCAACCUCAAUGACCGUCUGGCCGUCUACAUCGACAAGGUCCGCUCUCUGGAGGCCGAGAACGCCGGACUGCGUCUGCGGAUCACCGAAUCCGAGACGGAAGUGUCACGGGAGCUGACUGGCCUCAAGGCAGCCUACGAAACCGAGCUGGCUGAUGCCCGUCAGACUCUGGAUUCUGUGGCCAAGGAGCGUGCACGUCUGCAGCUGGAGGUGGGAAAGCUGCGUGAGGAGUACAAGGAGCUCAAGGCAAGGAACACAAAAAAAGAAUCUGAUCUGGCAGCAGCUUUGCAGAGGCUCAAAGACUUGGAGGCCUUGCUCAACUCGAAGGACGCUUCUUUGACGACAGCGCUAGGAGAGAAGCGCAGCCUCGAGACGGAAAACAGGGACCUUAAGACGCAGGUUGCCAAGCUUGACACCAGCCUGGGUGAAGCCAGAAAGCAGCUGCAGGAUGAGAUGCUGAGGAGGGUGGAUGGUGAGAACCGCAUCCAGACCCUCAAAGAGGAGCUGGACUUCCAAAAGAACCUCCAUUCUGAGGAGCUGCGUGAGACAAAGCGACGCCAUGAGUCUCGUAUGGUGGAAUUGGACAACGGUCACCAGCAAGACUUUGAAAGCAAACUUGCGGAGGCCUUGAUGGAGAUGCGGAGCCAGCAUGAGCUACAAGUUAAACUCUAUAAGGAUGAGCUGGAGAAGACUUACAACUCAAAGCUGGAAAGUGCACGUCAGUCAGCAGACAGGAGCAGCCAUCUUGUAGGCGCAACGCAUGAGGAGCUCCAGCAGACGCGCAUCCGCCUGGAGUCCACUUCGUCCCAACUCAGCCAGCUGCAGAAACAGCUAGCAGCUCGUGAGGCAAAGGUGAGAGACCUGGAGGAAGCCCUGUCCCGAGAGCGGGACACCAUGCGGCGCCUUCUGGGGGAGAAAGACCGAGAGAUGGCCGAGAUGAGGCAGCGGAUGCAGCAGCAGCUGGAUGAAUAUCAGGAGCUUCUGGAUGUCAAGCUGGCUUUAGACAUGGAGAUUUGCGCCUACAGGAAACUACUGGAGGGCGAGGAGCAGAGGCUGCGUCUCUCCCCGAGUCCGCCACCGACGAGGACGGCAGGUAGUCGCUCCUCGACGGCAUCGGCUCAUUCUCGGUCAGUCCACUGCGGCUCUCCCGCUAAGAGACGGCGCCCCAACGACACAGACAGCGAGGCCUCCAGUUUUGCUGGCGGAGCCGUGGCUCGCACCCGAAUUACCCAGCAGGCCUCUGCCAGUGGACGCGUCACUGUGGAUGAAGUGGACCAAGAAGGCAAAUAUGUCCGACUCAGCAAUAAAGCAGACGAGGAUCAAAAUCUGGGGAACUGGCAGGUAAAACGGCAGGUGGGAUCCGAUGCUGCAAUCACGUUCAAGUUUCCCGCAAAGUUCAUCUUGAAGGCCGGCCAGAGAGUCACUAUCUGGGCGGCUGGUGCUGGUGGAAACCACAACCCUCCUUCAGACCUGGUGUGGAAGACACAAUCCAACUGGGGCACCGGAGACCAGUUCCAAACCACCUUGAUCAGCGCUAACGGAGAGGAAAUGGCAAUGAGGAAGGUCACUCGCACACACUUUGAAGAAGAUGACGACGACAUGGUUGCUCACAGCACCUGUGGGGACAGCGAGUACAAUCUGCGUAGUCGUACAGUACUAUGCGGCUCCUGCGGCCUCCCCUCCGACAAGUCCAACAACUGCUCCACCGUGUCUUCAGCCUCCCGCUCCUUCCGCAGUGGUGGCAUCUCAGAGGGUUUGCUGCCCCAUUCCUACGUGUUUAGCACUAGCACGCCUCGCAAGAGUGGAAGAACUGAGAAGUGUCCAAUCAUGUGAGCUCCCAGAGGACCAACAUUGUUCAUUUCUAAUACUAAGUUCAUAUAUGAUUUUGACGCUUGGAUAUAAUCCUUACUUAUAACCUGCAGCCUCUGUAUACCAUCUUUUUAUAAUGUACAUACUGUAGGCAAGCUUUGACAUAUUGUUUCUUUUACACAAAUCACUUCUACAUGGAAAUGUAUGGAACCCUGCCUCCACCACUGAAAGAAAAAAAAUACAUACCAAUGGUAAAUUAUAAUUUUGAGAUAACACGUCAAAAUUAUAAUAUUACAAAAGGAUAAUAAUGAGAAAAGUACGUCAUAAUUAAUUUGUUCAGUAAGAAAGGACAUUUUCCUCUUGCUUCAGGCAAGCUUUUAUUUAACAACAGCAAUUGAGUACAGAUUAGCAUGUCUAGUCUUUCUCACUUCCGCCAUCCUCACCCCCUCCCCUGCACGUGCCCAAGUCCUGCCUUUUCAUAGCUGUCUCAGGCACAGCCUGUAACAUAAAGUUACACAUUUUUUCUUGUAAAUUCUCAUAAUAUUAAAACUCAGUUCAACAGUAAAUCUGUAAAUUUAAUCUCAUCAAUGACGUCGUUAAUUUACGACUUUAUUUUUUUUUUAAUUCUCUGGUUACUUUAAUACCCGAUUAAUCCCCGAACAGGCAUUGCCUGAGACAGCUAUGAACGGGGAGGGGGGGAGCUUAUUAGACAUUUGGCUUUGGCAAAGCUAAUAAAAGUAUUUCCGCGUAAAUUUAGGACUAUAUUAUGGAAAUGUCCGAUUUGUUUUUUUUUUUCAAUCUGGCCCUAUUACUCCGUCAUAGAUCCGAAAGUCAUAACUAUGAGACAAAAAGUCGAACUAAUGAGAUACAAACUGCACGUGUGCCACCUUCGCGACAAGUCACUUUGCACAUGUGCAGUUUGUAUCUCGUCAUUUCGAUUUUUUUAAUCUCAUAAUUUUGACUUCAUAUUGGGAUAUCUUUUUCCUUCAGUGGCUUAAAACGGGCUACCAUAAAAAUGUGUGUCAACCACAUGGUAAUUAAAUAUGAAGUAGUUGGACAUCUUAAUUGGACACUCUUUUUCCACAAAUGCUGCUGGAGAUUACAAAAAAAACAAAUACAAUAAUGCAUAUUCAUAUUAUCAGCUUUUCUCUUAUUUUCUCAAUAAACCCACCUCAGUCUUGUGUAUUGUCUUUGUAAUAAAUAAACU